GAAAAUCAACGGGCAGUCAAAAGCUGCAUUCUCUGUGUGUUUGUGGGCUCACACCGUCAUACUGUACCGAACGUAGUCGCUGGCCGCCAUAUCUCUAUCGUCUCACCCUUAUUCGCCGGUCUUCGCUACCGCCGCACCGCUGUAGCUCACAGCGCUAAGAAAGUGAAGAGAGAAGGGAAAGUCUAGACGAACCAGGUCACUGUAACUCUUUCAACUCUUGCGCCAUGAAGAUUGUGGUUCUUUUUUUAGCUUCAGUCUUGCUUUUGUGCUCGUUCCCGUGCAAUUCCAUCGAAGACGAAGUGAUGUGCCUCGAGGGCGUGAAGCGCUCGCUCUCGGACCCGACGAACAAGCUCGGUUCUUGGACCUUCACCAACACCUCGGCUGCCAUAAUCUGCAAGCUGCAAGGGGUGACCUGCUGGAACGACAAGGAGACGCGCCUGCUCAGCCUCGAGCUCCCGUCGAUGCAGCUUGCUGGUGGGUUACCGGAGUCCCUUAAGUACUGCCGGAACCUCCAGAACCUCGAUCUGUCCGGUAAUUCUCUCUCCGCCCCCAUCCCUCCUCAACUCUGCCAAUGGUUGCCCUACCUCGUGACCUUAGAUCUCUCCUCCAACCGCCUAUCUGGACCGAUCCCUCCGGAGAUAGCCGAUUGCAAGUUCCUCAACACCUUGAUUUUGAGCGGUAAUCGUCUCUCUGGUUCGAUCCCUUACGGCCUCGGCCGCCUGGAUCGCUUGAAGACGUUCUCCGUGGCCAACAACGAUCUUUCGGGUUCUAUACCGUCAGAUUUGGGGAAAUUCGAUGAAUCGGUCUUUGAUGGAAACGGUGGGCUCUGUGGAAAGCCCCUCGGGUCCAAGUGUGGUGGACUGACUAGCAAAAGCCUCGCUAUUAUCGUCGCCGCCGGUGUUAUAGGUGCCGCCGGGUCUUUGUUUCUGGGGUUUUUGACUUGGUGGUGGUGCUUCGUCAGGACUGGGGAAAAGCGAGGCUACGGUGUGGGUAGUGGUGGUAGGGGUGAUGGUAGCUGGGUCGAGCUGCUGAGGUCACACAAGCUUGUUCAAGUUUCUUUGUUUCAGAAACCACUCGUCAAAGUCAGGUUGGCGGAUUUAUUGGCGGCGACGAACAAUUUCAACUCGGAACACAUAGUGAUCUCGACGAGAACGGGGGUUUCUUACAAGGCCGUGUUGCCGGACGGUUCGGCCCUCGCGAUCAAGCGGCUUAAUGCUUGUAAUUUUGGCGAGAAGCAAUUCCGGUCGGAGAUGAACAGGUUGGGGCAGCUUAGGCAUCCCAAUUUGGUGCCGUUGUUGGGUUUUUGUGUGGUGGAGGAAGAGAAGCUUUUGGUUUACAAGCACAUGUUUAACGGGACUUUGUACUCUCAGUUGCAUGGAAGUGGCAAUGCCAAUAGUCAGUAUGGUUUUCUGGACUGGCCGACGAGGCUGCGAAUUGGUGUGGGUGCCGCCAGAGGACUUGCUUGGCUUCACCAUGCAUGUCAGCCACCGUAUAUGCACCAAAACAUUAGCUCCGACGUGAUUCUCCUCGAUUAUGACUUUGAAGCUCGUAUAUCGGAUUUUGGUUUAGCGAGGAUCGUGGCUUCUUGUGAUUCUAGUGAUAGCUCGUAUGUGAAUGGGGAUUUGGGAGAGAUUGGUUAUUUGGCUCCCGAGUACUCGAGCACAAUGGUUGCGUCGUUGAAGGGUGAUGUCUUUGGUUUUGGGGUGGUGCUUUUGGAGUUGGCGACUGGGCAGAAGCCUCUUGAUGUCACCAAUGCAGGGGAAGGAUAUAAGGGAAAUUUGGUGGAUUGGAUCGGUCAGUUGUUGGUCACUGGUGGGAGCAAGGAUGCCAUAGAUAAAGCUCUCGGUGGAAAAGGUCAUGAUGAUGAAAUUCUGCAGUUAAUGAGGAUUGCGUGUACUUGUGUAGCAUCUAGGCCAAAGGACAGACCUUCUAUGUACCAGGUUUAUGAGUCAUUGAAGAACAUGGCUGAGAGUCAUGGUUUCUCCGACCAGUAUGAUGAAUUUCCGGCUACCUUUGGCAGACAAGAUCCUGCCUAGACCGAGUAGCCUUGGUUGGGAAAAGAUGAAGAAGCACAUAAGAAUCCCUUGCGUGCUUUGAGAAUUGCAGCAUUGGGACGCAUCUGCAUUCUAUGUUAUGAUCUGAUAGGUAUUUAUAGCAAUUGGUAUGGUUUCCACUUGAAGACCAUGAUUCCCUGUUCCAAUACAUUUUUUUUUUUUUUGUAUAAAACAGGCAUUAUGCACUGUAGCUUUUUAUUGCAGAAAAUCUGUGUUUCCGCUUUUGAUAAAAA